AUGGCCGACACCAGACAGCUCAAGCUGCGCCGUGUCAUCGGGUACAAUGGCACGUACCCGGACACGCUCAUCUACACGACGGACGGCAAGUACCUCAUCUACUCGCUCGGACUGGCGGUUGUGGUCAAGGACAUCAAGCGCAACACGCAGUGCUUCCUUCGCGGCCACACGGAUGUGAUCACGUGUCUGGCGAUCUCAAAUGACGGCUCCAAGCUCGCGUCCGGACAGCAGAGCAAGAGUCGAGGCAACAAGGCCCCCGUAAUCGUCUGGGACCUCGCUGAGGCCACCACGCGCCUCUCAGCGUCGGCGGAUGGUGGUGACGGCGACCGUGGCGACAAUUUCGUGGCCUUCCGUCUCGUGCUGCACAUGGGCAAAGUGCAGGCGCUGGCCUUCUCCGCUAAGGACAGCUUCCUGUUCACGGUGGGCGGUCAGGACGACAACGCACUUGUGUGCUGGAACAUGGAGAAUGGUGAGCCAAUCUGCGGCACGCCGUCCGGGGACGACUCGACGCUCGUAGUCGCUGCGUUUAACCGUGAGGCGAAUGAUGAACUGUUGGUCACGGGUGGCAACUACAUGAUCACCGUUUGGCGCGUAGAGAUCAAGAACCGCAAGUUCCACGCGCUGCGUGCCAACCUGGGGAAUCUCAAGCGCAUUGUGACGUGCAUUGGCGUGUCGCCGGACGACAAAGUGGCGUACUGCGGCACCAAAACCGGCGACUUGCUCGAGAUCCUGCUCGACUGCGAUCUCACCAACCCCAAUUGUCUGUUCCCACCCGUCGGAACGCACAAGCCGCGAUACAGCCGCACCACCAAGGAGCGAUUCAGCCAGGGAGUUGUCACUCUGCUCGUGCACGACAAUGAGGAGAACCGCCGCUUUGUCCUGAUCGGUGCAGGGGACGGAAACCUUGCAGUGCUGAAGCUCGGACCCGCGAGCGUGGCCUCGGACGGAUCCAAGACGCAACCUAUUGCUACGGCUUGUAUGGAGAAGCUCAUGGGCGGUAUCACGGCGCUGAGUGAAGGAAAACACGGCGACUUUUAUGCUGGAACGAACCACUCCAACAUGUAUCAGUUCCAGCUCGCUGAGGACCCGAGCUCCGGUGGCAACGGGUCGCGCUCGAACAACCGUCCCGGUAGUGCAGCCCCCAGUGGCACGGGACUGCGCGUGGUGCUUCGCUCUACCUGCCACUACGGCAGCAUCAACGACGUCGUGUUCCCCAGCUCGGCCACGCGCAGUCCGACGGACAACUCGCACUUGUUCCUCACGUGCGCCAAGACGGACAUUCGCAUCUGGAACGCUCGGCGUUGUCAGGAAAUUCUGCGCGUACAGGUGCCCAACCUCGUUUGCAACUGCGUAGAGCUCACACGUGACGGAGGACUCGUGGUGAGCGGCUGGGACGACGGCAAAGUGCGCGCAUUUUACCCGGAGAGUGGCAAGCUCAAGUUCGUCAUCCAAGACGCGCACAAUGAGGCGGUGACGGCCAUCGCGGUGUGUCCUCCAGCGUCCUUCUCCUCGUCCGCAUCUUCUUCGUCGUCCUCCUCAGCGGCUGAAUGGAGACUAAUUACCGGUGGCAAGGAUGGACGUGUGCGCGUGUGGCGCAUUACUCCGUCUCGACAGACCAUGGAGGCGUCUCUCAAGGAGCACCGCGGCCCCGUGAACGCAAUUCAAGUGGUGCAAGACUGCACCGCGUGUGUGAGCGCGUCUUCGGAUGGGUCCUGCAUCGUGUGGAACCUCGAGACCUUCGUACGCACCCAGGCCAUGUUCGCGUCCACCGUCUUCCGCCGCGUGCUCUACCACCCGGACGAGAGUCAACUGCUCACGUGCGGCUCCGACCGAAGGAUCACCUACUUCGACGCCUACGACGGCGAGGCCAUUCGCUUCUUGGAAGAGGCCGCGGAGCUCGAGAUGCUGGCCAUGGACAUUGAGCACAGCGGCACGCUGUUCGCCACCGGCGGACGCGACGGAAUGCUCAAGCUGUGGCAUUACGACAACGGCGAGACGGUGGCCAUCGGCCGCGGCCACAGCGAAGCCAUCAAUGCAGUCAAGAUCUCGCCGGACCGCAAGGAGAUCGUCACCGUCGGCUCCGAAGGCGCCAUUAUGAUCUGGGAAAUGGGCGACUUGCUGGAGCAAGCACGCGGUUAA